AUGACGCAAUCCUUAGAGACGGCCCAGGAGUGUCCAGGAGACUGGAAUAAAUUUGUUACUCAUGGUUUCAAUCAAGUCACUGCACCUCCUACGCCGGAGGACUUCAUUCCGCUCAACCAACCCGAGCCAACUCUGGCAUCAGACGAGUCCAUACCAUAUCAGCCUUUGGAGGACGAGGAAGCCGAUGGCGAGGUGUUGAUCGGAAUGGGUCUGUAUGAUACCCCAGAAAAGACGAUUUUGAAUAUGAAUCAAAACGGCUCAUCCCUCUUUGGAUCGUCCUUCGACUACCCUGAGCCAACAGGCAAGGGCUUGAAGCUGGAGGCUGCCUGGGAACCGCCGGCUAUGGAUGAUGACGAGGAUGACCAAGACGGAGAGGAGGAUGCAAAUGGAGAAGACCAGGAAGAUGAUGAAUCUUGA